AUAAAGCACUGGUUUGGCUUCAUUUCAUACCAGGUCAAGCUUUUUGAGUAUCAGGUUAAAUUAUUAACUUUUCGAAGCGUAUCUUCAUUUCGCUGCGUCUUUGGGAGUUUAUAAAACAACACAAUGGUGGCGAUGACAAAAAGAGUCAAGGUCUUCGAGAUCGUCUUCAGCGACCCAUCCAAGAUCUUUUACUGCAGUGGAGAUAAAGUGUCGGGGAAGAUCCUGGUGGAGGUGUUGGAGGUGACCAGGGUGACGGCUGUGAAGGUCCUGGGCGUCGGAUGCGCUAAAGUGGAGUACGCUAAAGGCAAACAGAGAUGCCGUGAAGAGAUAGACUAUCUGAAGUAUGAAGACCUUGUCCACCUGGAUGACCAUCCAGCAGACACAGAUGGCUCGGUCAUCCUCCGUCCUGGAAACAAGUACGAAUACUUCUUUGGGUUUGAGCUUCCUCAACAAGGACAACUGGUGUCUUCUUACAAGGGCAAGUUUGGGUUCGUGCAAUACUUCGUGAAGGCUGUGAUGGAAAGCCCCGCUCUGCCCGUCCUGGAGUGCAGGAAGCACUUUGAGGUUGAGGAGCCCUUAGAUGUCAACACCCCAGACUUGCUGUCGCCUACCGGAGGCAUGAAGGAGAAGAAGGUCACCUGCAUGUUCAUCCCAGACGGCCAGGUUUCUCUGAACGCCAAAAUCGACAGGCGUGGCUUCUGCGAAGGUGAAGAGAUCUGCAUCGAUGCCAAAUUUGAGAACACCUGCUCUCGCAUCGUGGUACCCAAAGCGGCCAUCAUCGCCAAGCACACCUACCAGGCCAACGGCCGCACCAAGAUCUUCAGGCAAAAACUCUCCUCAGUACGUGGCAACCACAUCAUCUCUGGCAUGUGUGACGCCUGGCAGGGCAAGAGCAUCCGUGUGCCCAAGAUCAAGCCCUCCAUAUUGGGUUGCAACAUCAUUCGGGUGGAAUAUGCGCUGAUGAUUUACAUGCACAUCCCAGGCAGUGAUAAGUUGGUUCUGGAGCUGCCUUUGGUCAUUGGGACGGUACCCUACAAUGGUUUUGGUAGCCGCACCAACAGCAUGAGCAGCCAGGAUGGUUCUGUCAGCAAUGCAUCGAAUAGUUGGGUGUCCCUGCGGAUGCCGUCGUCUGCUCCACCAAGCUACUGCGACAUUACACGUGUAUGCAGCCUGGACCAACCUCUAACACCUCUUUUGGAUGACUAUGAUGGCGGAGACAGUCCCAUCUUCAUGAAUGCACCCCAAUUCCAGUUCCCUCCACUCCCUGAGUAUUCUGAGGUGGAGGAGGAAUACAAUGGGAACGCCCGCAUGCUUCCUGUCUGCUGAAGCAAGCUGGCAGAGCACUAGAACUGAACUGUUGCCCGUUAUAAAAGGGUGACUUUUCCACUCUAAGCACUCCAGGGUUUCACCAUGCGGAUCGGAGCUGAUUUGAGAAGUGUCGUAUGGAUGUGUGGAAGUGAAGAUCGAGCGGAGGAUUUUGGGGCCGGGUGGCCCCUCUGCAGGAUGAGCUAGUCAAAGUUCAGAGGAAGAAGGAGUAACGUUUGAGCUCUCUUGUGCUUGCAUUGCUGACAGCCAUCUUAUAUCAUGCAUCAGUCAAGUUAAACGUGUUUCUGUCAUAUUAUUGAUGCUGUUUCAGGACCUUAAAAAGAGGGCGCUCGGGCUGUUUGGCGUGCUGUAAUUCAUUGUGUUUGAGCUUCUCUUUCUUGAGAUUACUGCUGAGGCGCAAACUGAUUGUGUCACAUUAUAGCCAUUUAAGCACACACAGACUUUUACAAAUGGUGGUCACAUACUUUCCAGUAAUCCCCAAUAUAAAAUUCAUUAGCAUUUGCUCAUCAUUUUCGUUAUCAUUCUGUAAUUUGUGUUUUGUUUUGUUUUCUGUGGGGAUGGAAGAUUUCAUUUAUACAAACAUUGUUGGCUAAUGUGCUGUCCAGAUAUAUAUUAUUCUAAGUUACUGAAAUCUAAAGAAGAAAUGUAGUAUAUUGAGUUUUUCAACAAGGGAAAAUCAUGCAGUUUCAGUGUAUAUAAUGUACCAGUGUUUUGUUUUUCAUUCGAAUGCACUUUUUAUGGAUGCAAGUUGCUGUAUAACUACGCGCAGGGAGAUUUCCUAUGUUUCCAUUUUGUUUUCUCUUGUCUUCCAAAAUUGUUAAUUGAGGGAUCAAGCAUUGCAUAUGCAACUUAAGACCCAGUACUGUGUUCAAAACCUUGUCCUGACAAAGGGCUCCACUGAUGUUGCUUCUUCCAUUGGGGACUUAAACAUUAAGCCAAAAAGAACUCAAUACUUCAAGUGCCAAAAUUGGGGUCUGUUUGGACCACGUUCGUUUGCGAGACCAAAGCUGCACUGUGUGUGGACAUAUCCUAAAGACGUUUUGAUGAACAUUUCACUUGUGAAGCUCUUCCUGAACAUUGUGUGUGUGUUGUUUUGUUUCUUAUAGAAUGUAAGAUGACUGUUACUGCAAAGUAUAAUUUUUGUAUCCAAAUUAAAGUGUUUUUUAUGAGAA